AUGUGGUGUGUUGUGGCCGCAUCGUCGCUGUUCACAUCGAUCCUUCUGAUGCUGUGCGGCGGGAAGGGCAAGUCCAAAUCAAAGUCGUUGUCGUAUCGGCCGCCGUUCGCAGAGCAGAGUGCGGGGAGGAAGAGCAAGACCAUCGAAGCAAAGGAUUCAUCGCUGAGUGCAGCGGACAAGGUGAGAGCAGGCGAUUAUUGGGCCGCACACGUCAAUCCAGGGCAUUUCCUGAACCUUUUCGGGACUUCCUAUCGUUUUGAUUGAUUUAAAAGGGAGACGAAAUGUCGCGAAAUUAUCGGCCCUUUUUCUCGCCCGAAAUAAUUGUUUUUUCUCGAAAAGGAAGGAUAAAGAUAAGAAAAUGCGUUUUCAUCGAUAGUGACAUUUCGUUUUGAACGAAUCACCAAAAAGGGGCGGGAAAUUUUUUCUUCUAUUCCCGUGCGUUGCGGCUUCGAGGAAUCGCCUCAAAUUUUCGGGGCGUUAUUAUAUACGCUAGGUAGAGUUGGUAGGAGAAAAUUUGAAAAAAUCGGAGAUUUGAAUUUUUUGAUUUUUUCGCGUCCCGACUUUUCGGGUCGAAUACAGUUCGGGUCAUCAAAGUCGAUUGAUAUGAGCCGUAGGGCAGGUGGACACCCAAAAAAAGAUUGUAGGAAGUGCCUACAAGGCCUGGCAAAGCCGUCGAAUAGUCGGCGCAGGCUCGGCAGAGACUUGGCAAAGGCUUGCAAUACAGUGAGGGACCUGAACCAGGGACAAAAACCGUACCAUUUUGCAUCCCAGAAGUAUGAAAAAAUGUAGCAAAAUGCCUCCCAUUCCUAGUGAAAAAACUCCAUUUUGAAGGGCCCUCGCAAAAAGAGCGGGCGCGCUUUUGAAAUCGGAGUUUUUCCACUUGGAGUGUUAGGUAUUUUGCUGCAUUUUGUGGUACUUCCUGGAUACAAAAUGCUACGCUUUUUGCUACUGGAUCAGGUCUGCCAUUGUAUUGCAAGCCUUUGCCAAGUCUCCGCCAAGUCUCCGCCGAGCCUUCGCCGACUAUUCGACGGCUUUGCCAGGCCUUGUAGGCACUUCCUACAAUCUUUUUUUGGGUGUCCACCUGCCCUACGGCUCAUAUCAAUCGACUUUUGAUGACCCGGACUGUAUUCGACCCGAAAGUUCGGGACGCGAAAAAAUCAAAAAAUUCAAAUCUCCGAUUUUUUUCAAAUUUUCUCCUACCAACUCUACCUAAUGUGAACUUUUCGUGCCGAAAUUCGGCAAAAAAGUCUCACAUUUUGGCCGAUUUUUGAUCUAAAAAUCUCGAUUGUUUCUGCAAAGCGCGAGCUAGAAUUCUCGCAUAUAAUUUGGAGAAAAUUAUUAUAAAUUUAUGCCAAGUUUGAUCAAAAUCUGAGCGUCGCUUAAUUUCGAAAAUCCAAUGACUUUAUGGCCAACAAUUUUCAGGACAAAAUCAGACCAAUCCCCCCAAACUCCGAACGCUUGAAUGUGCGGACGGCCAAGCCGUUGCCCCCAAUGAGAAGUAGUGCUACAGAGCAGUUCAAGGAACCACCGAAAGUCAAAUGUGAAAGAGUCGAGGAGCCCACCCAAUCCGACGAAAAAGACAAGAAAAGGUGAGAAUUUUCGCGGAUUUUUGGGGUUUUGGACUGAAUUUUCAAAGAAAUUUGGUUCGAUUAUGAAACCUAGAGGACCUGUGGGUUGCAUUUUUAGCCAAGUUUUGGGAUUAAAAUUUUUGAAAAAAAUACAAAUAUUACGAUUUUCCGGAGAUUUUUCAUGAUUUUUGGUUAUUUUUCAAUUUUCAAAUUAAAUUUUCAAACAAAUUUGGAUGGAUUAUGAUUUCAUAAACUCUAAAGGACCUGUGUAACAUAUUUUUGACUGUUUCUAAAAAGUAAAAUUUUUGAAAAAAUUGAAAAAUUUUGAAAAAUUUGCGACUUUUUUGAUAUUUUCGAUGAUUUUUGGAAAUUUUUCACUUUUCAAGCAAAAUUUCACAAAUUUUUUUGGUUAAUUUUUACACUAUGAGACCUGUAGAGCCAGUAAAUUGUAUUUCCAUCGAAUUUUAUCCACUUGUUUUUCAGCAAAGAGCCCAAACCCAGGAACAGUGAGGGCAAGACAGAAGGUGACAGAAAGGAGCAGAAAACGAAGGGCACCGAAGGCGAUGAUGAAGAAGUAGAGACUAUCUGUGAUGUCACGAAACUCAAGGUAGGGUUUUCGACUUUUUUCGAGGUUAUUUUUGCAUUCAUUGGCAGCAAGUUUGGGUCCCGCCACGAAAACUUGAUUUUGAAAUUUCUCGCCGGAAACGGUUGGAAAUUUGAAAAUUGGUUGAUUUCAGAACCUUGGAAGUCUGGAUUUGAAGAUCAAUAAGGAUAUGGAGGCUAUGAAUCGCGAAGGUUUGGAAAUACCGUCCCGCCAUGAAGAAGGUCCCAGAGGCGAAACUCACAGCAAGAAAACGGCCAAACGUGUGGUCAUAAAGGACGCUGAGUGCAAGAUCUACGAGACAGAUGACGUGGAGACAAUCGAUGAUGAAGCUGAUCUACCGAACGUUGAUUUAUAAGGGACCAAAUAAACUUUCCGACCUUGUACUUGACAUUAAGCUAAUUUUGUUGAAAAUUUUGCUGAAAUUUGUUAAUUCGAUGGGUAUUUGAUGUAAUAGACUUCAAUUAAAUCGGUAAAAUACAGUAAUCUGUUUUUUUUACUCCAAAGUAUACAAUUUCGCAAUUUCCCGCCGCAGUCUGCAGAAGUCUCGGACGCAGCUCGCCAUCCCCAAAUAAUCUCCAUGCUACCGAAAACGUGGUUCCACCGCAAGUUCCAGGCGUACACCUCCACUGUACGGCCUUUUUGUUCGUUCAUCUUGGUCGGAAACGCGGCAAGAUGUUCAAAAUGUUGUAAAAUAUGUUACUUUACCCCCAAAUUUUUACUAUGUUUAAUAAAAGGGGCGACCUUCACCCGAAAAGCAGAUCGUAAGGGUAUUGAUAAAUGUUUUUCCUUGUUGUUUAUUGUGACAUCAUUGCUCUGCCUCAUCCUUACGGUUUUCUCCAGGCUUUUGGUUCUAGGUGUUCUCGUGCGCAGUGGACGCAUCGUUAGCCAAGAGCGGAACAACGUGGACUUGAUCGAUUGAAAAAAGGUGGGUAAUUAUCUACUCUAUUGUGUUCUUCACGUUUAGGUCAAAGAUUUUGGUUGUGAUUUGGGUUUGUAACAAAUUUAUCUUAUCCAUGAGCUUGAUGGUGAAGAUAUUCCUGUAGCUCAAAAGUGGAUUUUCAAAAUCGGCUGGAAUUUCUCAUGGGGCAGCGUAUUGAAAUUCUAAUGCUUGUUCUAAAAUACGGUAGCAUGCCGCGCGUUAGCUUCUGAGAUAUAGCACUUUUUAUUUGAGGCAUCAAGUACAAUAUAAAUUUUUGAUUUUGUGGUGGUUUUUCUUGGUUGAACCCUUCAGUUAUGAUGAAUACAGGUCGUACAUGAUCUUCUUGACCUGUUUAUUAGUAUUUGCCUUCACCAUUGUUCUGAUUUUACCAUCUAAAAUUGAUAAUUCCAAGCUUUACUUAAAAUCUUUCAAUCCUGAAAAUGCAGGCAAAUUCUUUGUUGAGGGUCUUCAGAACGGUCCUGUAUAAUGCGCUGAAUUCAUUUCGAAAAGAAAAAAAAACGUUUCCGAACCCGCGAAUCUUGGUUGCCAACGCACCUUUCCCCUCUUUUCUUCGCUCCAUUUUCCUCUCCGUUUGAGCGCUGUUUAUUCCCAGGACCUGAGGGUACGACUUCGAAAUUUGAAUAGGGUUGUAUAUGGUUUGCUUUUGCAUCCAUUAAUCACGCCGAUAUGACUUUGUGGGUUUAACUUAUAUCACUUUAGGUAUCAAGAUGAAAAAUUGAGGGGUUUGAUAUGUUUUGAUGUAUAAUUGACGGUGUUUUUAGCCAAUUAUUGCUGUUUAUGGUUCAUUCAUGAUCUAGGUUUAAUUUCAUUAAGAAAAAUCAAGUUUGAGGUAGCCUUUUAUAUUAUACUUGACAUCAAAUGAAAAAUUGAAAUUUUGAAAGGAUGAAGUGUAAGAUUACUGUUGAAUGAAUUUUUUCUGACAUAAUCUGCACUCCUCUUUCUAUUUAGACCAAAAUUUUUAUUCUAAAUCUAUUUUAACAUCCAUUUUUGACCUUAUCUUACACUUGACCCUCCAAAUUCCAGACAUGUCCUCGGAUGAGUCGCCAAGAGAGGAGGGAGAGCUGGAAGAAGGUGAGCUGGAGUCGGAUUCGGAGCCAGAAGCCUCUGUGGAAGUUGCUGAGUCAAAAAUAAUCGACACAGAACCUUCAACAGUCGUCGAAAGUCGACCCAUUCCAAAGACUCCGCCCACUUUCGACUCGUCCCUUUAUGACUCCACUCGGGCUCAGAAUGGCAAUGCGGAUCGUCGACCAUCUUUCAAUCGGAAAUCAGAUCGGCCCGAGGAUUCCGGGAUAUGCAAAUUUUUUGUUCGCGGAAAUUGCACAUGGUCCGAUGGAUGUCGAUUUCGCCAUCCCAAAGGCGACGAAUUGGAACAUUGGAAGAAGAAAUUGGGCGUUCGAAGCGAUAAGGGCAUGAAGAAUGGAAAUUUUGGUAAAUUUUUGGGAGUUAUUUAUCUUAUUUUAGGUAGAAAAAAGAUGAUUUUUUUUGAAGUUUUGAUGGGAAAAUUGAUGUCAAAUGGCUGUAGACUGCUAGAUCAUGUGAUAUUGGGAUAUUUUCAAGAAAAUUGAAUCGGAUUUUUUGAGGAAUUUACCAAAUUUUGUGAAAAAUUAUAUUAUUUUAGGUAUGAAAUCCCAAAUUUUUGAUGGAUUUUGCUCGAAAUUUUGAGUGGAAUAGAUUGUAAAUAGUAUAUUACAGAUUCUAGAAGUAUUUGAAGCCACUGAUUUUUCAAAAUUUUUCUGAAUUUGAAUAAAUUUCGUGGUUUUAGAGCCCCUCCGAAAAGACCGCACAAAGCAUCGAGGCAGCAGAGAACAUCGGCGAUCUUCGUCCGCCUCCUCCUCAGACUCGGAACGAGCCCGUAGACGUCGGCGAUCAGCGUCAUCAUCAUCGGAGGACCGCAAAAAUAAAAGAAGAAGACCUUAUAGUAGAGGCUCGUCCUACAGAACAAGAACCCCCUCCCCUCCCUCGGGACCCUCCUCACCGUAAGAUUUUUGAGUUUUUGAUUGAUGUUUAGAGAGUAUACAAUGAGUGAAAAACAAUUUGGAUAUGACUCGCCGUAUUUUAGAGUGAGAAAAAGCCUCAAAAAUGCGAAGGCGGACCCGGACCGAGACCCCGCCUUGGCCGACCUGUCCAGCUUCAGAAUCCCGAAAAAACGACGCCGAUCCCCGUCCGGCUCGAACUCCCGGUCUCGAACUAGCUCUCGAUCUUCAACCCCCAUCGCCUUCUCACAGUAAGAACGAGAUUUUUUCGAUUUAUUUUUUAUUGGUUUAGUAAAAACCCGACCAAAGAUCAGGUCAAGGAAUUCUUCGCCGACAAGGAACAUGAAAAGCCUCUGGCCUACCGACGGCAUGUAAAUAGAACCCCAUCACCACCGAGGCGACCCAAGAAGUCCAGGACGAGGUCCAGCUCGAGCUCGAGUUCAUCUUCUUCAAGCUCUUCGGCAUCUUCGGAAUCGACUUUUAAGUAGGUUUAGAGGGAAAGAAGAAGCUUAAAAAGGAUUGUUUGGGAUGUUUCAGAGCUAUUGAGGAGAUUCGGAGAGAAUCUUUGACCUAAAAAAAUAUUUUUGGAUAUUGUUUUAGGUACAAACUUGAAAAUUUUUUUUGGCUGAAAAUAGUUGAUAAUUGUUGUGUAUGAGGUGUUGGGGGUAGAAAUAGUCUUUUAACGUAAUUUACACUAUUUUGACAUUGUUUUUGAUGAUUUUGGACAAAAUUUUGGGUCCCACCACGAAAACCUGAAUUUUUGUUUUGGGCCUCUGGAGCUCGGGAAAUGAAAAAAUGUUGAAAAUAAUGAAUAAAUAAACCCAUUUUAGGUCAGUGGAGCGCCGAAAACCGAAGCGCCGAUUCCCAUCCGUGGAAUCUUUGAUCUCUUCGGAGGACUCUAAAUCAUCAAAAAAAGUCAAGUCAACGUCCUCAAAAACAAAACGACCAUCACCACCGGUCCUAGAAGCCGCUAAAAUCUCGUCGGACAGCGAUUCGGACGCGGCGAAACCGGCCAAUUUGGAGCCGGAACGAAUUUCGUCGGAUAGUGAAGAUGAAGGAAAAAGUGGUCAAAAAAGCAGUGAAGAAGAGCAUAAUGAAGUGGAGUCGGAUGUGGAGGAGGAGAAAAAACCAAGUAGUCCUAUGGAAAUUAGCAGUGAAUCGGUAAGAGGGGUUUUGGAGGUUUUUUAUAUUAUUUUAGGUAUAAAAUUUGUAAAUUUUGAUGGAAAUGGGGGAAUCUUGAGUGGUUUGGAGGCAUUUUAGAGUAAAAAGUGUCGUGGAGUAUUGUAGAAUAAAUUUUGAGACGUUUGACGUGGAUUUUGAAUAUAUUUUUUGGGGGUUUUACCUUAUUUUAUGUAUUAAAAUUGAAAAAAAAGUUAAUGGAAAUGGAUUUAAUUUAGUGUAAUUUGUAAAGAUCUUGUGGUAACUAGACUUAUAUAAUGUUUGUAAAUAGUCUUGACGAUUUUUUCCGAACUUUUUUUAACCUUAUAUUACACUUGAUAUCAAAAUUUUCAAAAAGCCGAUUUUACCAAUAUUUUUGCUUCCAGGAAGACGAAGAAAGGCCUGCAAGACCCGCAUCGACUUCAUCUGCGGCCUCAAGUCGAUCCACCAGCAGUUCUUCGUCCUCAUCGGCGUCUACGAACCAUUCCAGCAUUAAAGAAGAUGUGGAAAAUCGGGUGAUAGAAAAGGAUUUUGAUGAACCCACAAGAGUCCGAAGAGUCUCUCAUGAAGCCAGUGGAUAG